UCUGGGUAUUGAGCGUGAAGCUGUCGAGCGGAGCUCGAACACAGCCGUCCAGAAAAUGAAGACUUGCCUCGUUAUAUUUUGCGCUCUCUCUCUUGCUGUUGGAAAUCCGAACUCAGGUGGAAAGGGUGGACUCCCACAGCAAAUAACAUUUCAAGUAUUCGUCGCCUAUGACGACAUCUUCCAGGCUGAUUUCAGUAACCAAACCUUAAGAAGGCGGUAUGUCGCUGUGUUCUUCAAUGCGAUCAAUCUCAUUUUUGCACGCAUCACCAAUCCGAGGAUCAGGUUCGAGGUUGCCAGGUUGUACAAUAAGGAGAAUGGAUUUACACCUGCGCUUACUUUGGUUGACGACAAGGUGGACGCCCAUGCAAGUCUCCUUUCGAUCGUGAAAUUCAUCAGCACACGACCGCAGUUUAAUUCGUCAGACAUCGUGUUUGUCUUUUGCGGACGGAAGGUACUCACAAAAAGCCGUGGCCGCCAAGGAUUGUACAAUCCUCAAGGUAUCACGUGGGAGGGCGGAAUAUGUAACGACGAAAAAAAGGUGGUUCUCGUCAACGACAUUGCGAAUAUUUUUUACGCCUUGCCGAACGCUAUGUUCCAGCUCGCACGCCUGCUGGGUGCACCAGCAUCGUGCACACCAAAUUUUUCGAGACUGGGAGGUCGGAGUCACCCAUUCUUUCCCACAAACUGCACUAUGAACAGCAUUAGAACAUUUCUCAGACAGCUGAAACGAAAGAAUAGUAGCCAGGCAAGAGAAUGUUUCCGCAAAAAGUACAACAGCUCAGUCUCAUCGAACUUCUACAACGUCCUGCCAGGCAAGAUUGCAAACGAAGACGAGUACUGCAAGAAAGUUGGAGAUUUGAUGAAGGAACCACGAGACAGGGGCCUCUGCAGUCGAGAAGCAACACGACGGGUAUACGACAGUCCCGAGCUAAAAAAUGUAACACACUCAAGAAAGAAACCAUGCAUCUUCGACUGCUGCAGCAUUUCGGAUAACCAGAAGCAAGUUACAUUUCAUACCAAUUUGGCUUUCGAUGGCAAGCCCUGUGGAGAAAAAGGCGACGGAAAAAUCUGCUUCUACGGCGUGUGCCUAUAGCCACUAAACGCACCUCAUGACGAUGUCUAGCAUGCGGUCCUGGGCUGAGAAGCUUGCAGUUGCAUUUCCAGACUCGAAGCUGUACAUUUGAAAUCACUCCGACACUCUAAGGAGAAAUGUUUGCAAUGAAAAUAAUAAAGUGAAAGAAAACUCAUAAACAGUGCAUUA